AUGCUUUUGUCCACAAUGAAAGAACUACUUCCAGGUUUCAUAGUUGCUCCUGGAAAAGAACUAGGGCAGAGGAUGCUCGUUGAAGUUGUUAAAGUUUCCCCAAGUGAUGGACUUGACUCCUUUGAAAUUGGCCAAACUCUGCCGAGUGUUCAAUCACUUCAGGAUGGAGGAGAAACAACAGAAAUUGGCCAACGUCUGUCGAGUGUUCAAUCAGUUCAGGAUGGAGGACAAAUAACAGAAAUUGAUUCUUUCUGUCAACAGUCAAAUUUACAGAACGGGGAGGAUAAUGUUGCUGCUGCACUACUGGUUACUUCUUGUUCAUCAUACAAGCGUGACUCACUCAACUGUGAAAGGACAGUGGAAGUUGAUCCGUUACUUCCUCAUCCAAUAGAGGAAGCUGUGACAAACAGAGGAAAAGUUAACUUGGAUGUAGCACAUGAUGACCACAUUGAGGAUACAACUGAAAUAUUGCAACUUGAUUCACACUUUGAGCAACCAAACUUAGAAAUCAAUUCUGCGGGAAAUGCAACGACUAACAACGAGAAGGUCCAUUCAUAUAAGAACAAAGCAAUACAAAGGAUAGAAAAAGAUCAUGGGAUUACUCGCAAGAUUCUGGAGCAGCAUUUUGGCAUGACUCUUCAAGAUGCUGCCAAAGAUCUACAUGUUAGUCGAGCAACACUGAAACGAAUAUGUAGAGAAUAUGAAAUCUCUAGAUGGCCACAUCACAAGACUAGAAAGGUUAAUGUCCAUGUUAGCCACGGCGUAUCUUUUCAAGGUGCUGAACCAUAUGUGGUCGAUCAACAAUGUCCUGCUCUUUCCCAAGAAAAAGGCACCGAUUAUUUAGGUAACAAAAGAUCUACUGCAACAGGAAAACCUUGUGAUAGUAUGAUGACUUUAAAGGUUACAUAUAGAGGUGAUAUCAUAAAGUUUCAACUCUCCCUUCAAUCAACGAGAGUAGAAUUGGAGGGGGAAGUGGAAAAGAGGCUUAACAUGUCACUUCAAAAGUUUUCAAUCAAGUAUCAAGAUGAAGACGACGAAUGGAUUUUGAUAACUACUGAUUCAGAUUUGAGGGAUGGGAUGCAUUCACUAAGGUUGUUGGGAAGGACUACUAUGAGAUUACGGGUUACCCCAAAAGCUGCCACAAGGAAAUUUCCGUAAGUUUGUUAUGGCUCAUAUUCACUGCAGAACGUUAGUGAUGUUAUCUUUUGGUGACAUGGUGUUUGUCUCUUCACUGCUGUGUUGUAGCAUGUCUUUGUGCUCAGUGAACAAAGCUGAUUAAUACUGUUACGAAUGGGGAACUGUCAAAUUACCGAAGAUGCCUCUAUAUAGAAGAGGAAAACAAUCAUAGGGCUUAUGCUAAGAGUUAUGUCAUUUUCUUUUCAUUAGCUAUUUAGUAACUCCCUUUUCUAUUUUCUGUUUGUUGUUUGAUUACAUGAACAACCUGUUUGUAAGUUCCUUUGAUGAUCAAUACAAAGCUUAAUUUGUUA